AUGGAUGACUAUUAUUCACUCGAUCAACUUCUAGCCGAAAGUCAAAAAAUCCCAUGUACUUUCAACGUCAAGAUUCCCAACAUGGGUCAUCUCGAAGGAACCCAUCAACGUGAUAUCUUACCACAUAGUCCACUUGAACUUCCAUUUUGGCUUACUUCCUUACUUUUAGUAGAUGAUCAAGAUUAUUUAUCAGUUCAAAUGCCAAAAGCAUUUGAUUCACGAGUCAGAAAUGCCUUAUCAGCCUCAGCCAAAAGUGUGAAUCUACGUACUUUAGCUUCUGGUACUGGUGGAACUUGGAUUGAAGAUUUAGGAUUACGAAAGGUUUUGUAUAAAACAUUGAAAGAUAGAUUAGAAGAAAUCAUCGAUUUGGCUGCAAGACUUCCAACCGGACAUCAAGAUCGAUCGAAUCGAACGAAUAAUAAUUUGAAUUUAGAAACCGAUGAAUUCCUAAAUGGAUUAGAUGAAUGGGAAAAAGAAAUUUUAAAAGUAGGUCAAGAAUCAACAAAGAAAAUGAAGUUGUGGGAAGCUAGUAAGAGUGCUUGA